UGCUGCUCGCCUCUCCUCGAGAAAUAACGCUUCGGAAGCAUUUUCCUAUCGUUAUCAAGCAAAUUUUUCUAAUUUCUCGAAUAUCGCUUAGCUUGACGAAUUUAAAGUCUUUUAAAAGCAAACCCAGUUUGUAAUUUUCACAAAUCGACUGUUUGUUGAAGACACGGUCCGUGAAAAAUAAUAAACUCGGGAAGACGACAAAGAAAAACGAGCUGUUUUCAAGAACUUCGCAAAAUCUUCCAAAUUUGUUAAUUUUCUUCUUGGAAUUGCUCCCGAGUUAACAAAUUACAGUGAGUUUAACUGUUGGAAUAUUUCUAAACUUCGAUUUUAGUCGUUAAUCAGCGUUAGAGUCGUGAAAAAGAUGUCAAUACAGCAGCAACAGAGACCGCUCGACGUGGAAAUGCAUAACGCAGACGACGAAACGGCCCCCCAGAAUGAGCCUUUGAGUACAAAGCAAGUGAAAAACGAAGCCGGAGGUUAUACAUUUGUCGUAGACAACAUGUGCCGUUUGAAGAGGUUUAUUGUGCUAGGGAGCGAAGGAGGCACGUACUAUGCUGGUGAGAAAGAGCUUUCUCAACAGAAUGCGACUUGUUUGAUGGCAUUGAUUGAGGAAGGCAAAGGACCUGAAGCUGUGGAGGUCAUCAAGGAGUACAGCGUAGAAGGCAGGACAGCCAAACAAGAUCCUAUCAUCUUUGCUCUUGCCAUGUUUGCCCGAUGUAGUGACUUGAAUACGAAGCGCAAGGCCUACGAGGUGCUCAAUGACAUACUCAGAAUACCCACCCACUUAUUCAUAUUUGUGGAAAAUUGUGAGAAUCUGAGUAAACCCAAGACUGGAUGGGGAAGAGCACACAGGAAGGCUAUCUGUAAGUGGUACACCCAGAAAAAAGCUAAAAACCUGGCAAUGCAUGUCACUAAGUACAAGCAGCGCAACGGUUGGUCACAUAGGGACCUAUUCCGUCUAUGCCACAUCAAGCCUGACAACCCAUCGGUGCAAUUCGUAGUCAGGUAUGUCGUUAAAGGCCUGACAGAUGAGUUGAAGAAACAGGCUUCAUUGCCAGGAGUAAGCCAAGACAUCUCAAAUGUCUAUGAGUUCUUAGAUGUGGUGGAGCGUGCAAAGGAUAUGAAUGAAGAUGAACUUACUGCAGCCAUUAGAGGGCAUGGACUUGUACGUGAGCACAUUCCAACAGACAAGCUAAAGUCGCCAGAGAUUUGGAAAGCUCUUCUUGAGAAAAUGCCGAUGACAGCCAUGAUCAGAAAUCUGGGCAAGAUGACAUCUAUUGGCAUCCUCGAACCUCUCACAGAUGAAGCAGACAAAGUCACCACAAAGCUCAGAGACAUGGAAGCUUUAAAGGCUGCUCGUAUCCACCCAUUUAAUGUUCUGGUGGCGUUGAAGCUUUAUGGCCAAGGGCAUGGGGAUAAAGGAAAGUUGUCGUGGGAGCCAAAUUCGAUGAUCUCUUCAGCAUUAGAUGACGCAUACUAUCUUUCAUUCAAGGCAGUUGAACCAACCAAUAAGAGAUUUCUUUUGGCACUUGAUGUCAGUGGUUCCAUGUCCUGGGGAAACUGUGUUGGCACUCCUGGUAUAACACCUGCGGUAGCCACUGCAGCUAUGGCCAUGGUCACAGCACGCACUGAAACAAAGCACCAUUUUGUUGGAUUCUCCCACGAACUGGUCCCAAUCAACAUCAAGAAAACAGACAAACUAGAAACUGUCAUGCAGACAAUCUCACAUAUUUCAAUGGGUGGAACAGACUGUGCUCAGCCAAUGCUUUAUGCCACGAAAAAGAAACUCAAAGUUGACGUCUUUAUCAUCUAUACUGACUGUGAGACUCAUUCUGGUAAAAUCCACCCAAGUGCUGCCCUAAAGAAAUACCGUGAACAAAUGCAGAUUGACGCCAAACUCAUUGUCGUUGCCAUGACAUCCAAUGGCUUUACUCUGGCCGACCCAGAGGAUAGCGGUAUGCUGGAUAUUGCAGGGUUUGACUCCGCUGCACCUCAAGUUAUCAGAGAGUUUGUCAUGGGUGGCUUGGGUUGAACAGAAUUAGUACCACAUGAAACAUUGGCCAUGUUAAAAGCAUUGUAAGCCCAUUACAGACAUGGCAGAAAAUAUCCUAACAUCUAACCCCACUUUCACACAGAGUCUACCCCCUCCCCACACCUUGCAGCAUGUCUUGCAGCUCGAUUUGGAGAGCAAAACAAUAGGUUUCCAAUUCUCAGGAGAUUGAAAUUCUUGUAUUUUUACCUCCAAAUUGAGCUGUUUUGAGCGGCUCUAUUGAGUUUUCAUGCAAAAUAGUUCCAGAACUAAACCCUGUUUUUCUAUUUCAAAAUUUUAACCCCUACCCCCAGAGAAAACCAAGUACUAUCCUAUGGGGGAAGAGUGUGGAUGUUUUCUGGCUACAUACAUAUUACAGUUUCACAUGAUUAUCAUUAUACACUAGCACUUUACAUUAGAUUUUAGCGAUGAAGUAGUAUUUUUAGAUUCUGUGGGGUUUCGGAGGCUAUUAAGUACAGUAUGUCCCACAGGAAGUUAGAACCAGAGAAGCAAGAGGUCCAUAGUUUGAUCCCAAGUAAUCUUACACUUUUUAAACUUAUCUCCAUUUUAUGUAUACCUUUACCCUUAAAACAGAGUACCAACAGAUAGAAUGAUAAAUGGUGCACUGUCAGCUUAUGACAAUAGUCUUCACCUUUUACCCUAGAUGCUUUGGCAAUCUCCUCAAAUCUCAAACA